UCCUCACUUCGUAAGCGGGGUAAUAUCGGGAGGUCUUGGCCCGACGCAGCCAUGGCUCGCCUUGGUGUUUUAAUACUGUUACCGGUCGUUUUUGAAUCGGUGGUUUCCAUCUCGUUUUUCUUACCCGUCAGGACGAGGAAAUGUUUGAAAGAGGAGAUACACAAAGAUGUUCUGGUUACAGGGGAAUACGAAAUUAGUGAGCAGCCCAACACCAAAACUAACCUGAAGAUAACAGAUUCAUCCGGUCACAUCCUGUACUCUAAAGAGGAUGCCACAAAAGGAAAGUUUGCCUUCACCACGGAGGACUAUGACAUGUUUGAAGUAUGCUUCGAGAGCAAGUCCCAGAUGGGAACUGGGAGGGUUCCUGAUCAGAUGAUCAACCUGGACAUGAAGCAUGGUGUGGAGGCAAAAAACUAUGAAGAGAUUGCAAAGGUGGAGAAGCUGAAGCCCCUGGAGGUGGAGCUCCGGCGUCUGGAGGACCUGUCUGAGUCAAUUGUCAAUGAUUUCGCCUACAUGAAGAAGAGAGAGGAAGAGAUGAGGGACACCAAUGAGUCCACCAACACGCGCGUUCUCUACUUCUCCAUAUUCUCCAUGUGCUGUCUGAUUGGCCUGGCCACCUGGCAGGUGUUUUAUCUACGCCGCUUCUUCAAAGCCAAGAAGCUCAUUGAGUAGAGCCAGCUCCACCAAUCAGAGACCCAGAAGCCUUCUUUGACCUCUGACUCUCCCGCCCUCUUCUUUGUUGUCCAAUGUCAGCAGGUUUUUGUUGGUUGCUGGCGGCAACCAGAAGCUCAGCAGGAGAGGACAGCUAUUAGGUUAUCGUCUGGGAAGUUGGUGGCGAUAUUCAGUUAUUCAGCGUGUACAUUUUUGAUACGAGCCUGUCCGGUUUUAUUUGGACAAACCACCCAUUGUUUCACGCUUAAAUUUUUAUUACACGCAGGCCAAACAGAUCCUUUAUAACCUGUUUAGAAGUACACAUAUGAACGUGAAAAGCAGACCAGCAAUUUGAAUGAAUGUCAACCACUGAAAGUGACUGAUUUAGAGAUGCACUGAUACCAGGAUUAGUGUCUGCUGGAUAUUGCCUACUGGUGUCAUUCAUUCAAGCACUGGCAUCAUGAAUGACCAUUUAUUUAAUAGCUCAAUAUUGCCCAGGAGAACAUUAUAGAUGGACAGCAGGGAUACAGAACGUUCACACGCAGGACUUGUGUACAAAAUAGAACUGUGUGUCAAACAUAAAUGCCUGUUGUUGGUACUAGUAUUUGGAAUCAGAAUGGAGAAAUGGUGUCAGUGCAUCUCUACUGUUAAUUAUUAAAAUGCCUGUGGGUCAAUGGUAUAAUUUCAUCAGCAAGGUGCUUUUUCUGUUAUUGUAAGGUGAAGUUAAAAUUCCUGUUUUCUUUUACCAUUGUUUAAUUAAUUGAGUGAUUACUGUGCAGCAAAUUAUGGGGCUCUUUGUCCAAAAUGCCCCUUUCUCCACAUUUACAGAUUGAAGUUCACUUGCACACGUUCUACAGAGUCCGAACCCAGAUGCUACAGAAGUGUUUCUUUGUGUUGUGAAAAUGCACAUUAAAUCCUCGGCUUUUUCGCCAUUAGAUGCAGGCAUUUAAAGCAUUUUUGGGGUGCUGUACACUACAAUAAUGCGUUGUAGGCUGCUUGCGUGAAAAUCUGAAUUGGUUGGCUUUCAUCAAGGUCUUCAGCCUGGUUGCCAGAGUAAUGGCUGCUGAUAGCUUUGUGUUCCGAUUUAACCCUUAGUGGGUUCUCUUAUGACUAAUGAGGGAGCUGAGCAGUGAUUUUUUUGGGGGGGGUAUGGAUUUGUGAAAUGUUUUUUAUUUUAUGUAAUUAAGGAACAGUGGACACGUUUGGCUUGUCUGGGGGUCUAAGCUCAUUAUAUUGUGAUGGUUUAUUUCUCUCUUCUUUUUUUUUUCUCACUCAAGUCCCAGCAUUUGGUGAAUGUUCUUGAUCCACCUGGACAUUGGUUUGUUUGGUUUUGUGGCAGUUCAUGUAAAAUCGGUUUGUCAUUCAAUAAACUUUGUUAGUUAA